UCGCAGAAAACUACCAUGGGCGCCCAACAGUCGACCGCCGGCGCGGGGGCUGCAAGCGCCCAAGAAGUAGUCAAGACGAGCUACUAUGAGCUCUUGGGCGUGGAAAGAAUCGCCACCGAAGAUGAGAUCAAAAAAGCAUAUCGCCGAAAGGCCCUCGAACUCCACCCCGAUCGCAACUUCGGCGACACCGACCGCACCACCGCCUUAUUCGCCGAAAUCCAAUCUGCCUACCAGGUUCUCUCAGAUCCGCAGGAACGUGCAUGGUACGAUGCCCACGAGGGGGACAUACUUCGUGGCGCCGAAGGCGGCGGGGGCGACGAGCACUACGAAUACAAUAUGCGCGUUACCACCGCCGACGAAAUCUCGCGCAUGAUGGGCAGAUUUAGGGGAAGUGUCGACUUUUCCGACUCGCCCAACGGCUUCUUCGGUUUCGUGCGCGAGACGUUUGAGCAGUUGGCACGGGAAGAAGCGCAUGCGGCCGACUACGAGCGCGUUUCCAUCCCCGACUACCCUUCUUUUGGCCACAAGGAUGAUACCCACGAGGACGUUGUCCGUGAUUUCUACGCCAUAUGGAACGGUUUUGCUACUGUGAAGACGUUUGCCUGGAUGGACAUGUACCGCACAUCAGAUGCUACCGAUCGACGCAUGCGCCGCUUGAUGGAGAAGGAGAACAAAAAGUUCCGCGAUGAUGGAAUUCGAGCGUUCAACGACGCUGUACGCACUCUCGUGGCAUUUGUGCGAAAGCGAGAUCCGCGCUAUACCCCGGACACCAAGUCCCCCGAAGAAGCUGCAAAGGCACAGCGGGAGGCGAACAAGGCACGAGCCGCUAAAGCGCGAGCUGCAAACGCAGCCAAGAUGAAGAGUGAGCAAGAAGACGCUGUUCCAGAUUGGAGCAAAGCAAGAGACCCGGAUGAGCUUGAGGAAGAAUCCGAAGAGGAAGUGGAGGAGGAUCUAUACGAGUGCGUGGCAUGCCACAAGACUUUCAAGAGCGAGCGUCAAUACGACGCCCACGAAAAGAGCAAGAAACACCAAAAAGCCAUCCAGGCGCUCAAACGACAAAUGCAAAAGGAUAAUGCACGCCUCAAUCUCCCCGAUGAUCCUGCGCCCGACGAUGGCACAACGACACAAAUAUCAGCGGACGAAGAGGUAGCAACUGAUGACGAGGUAUCACCACCAAUAGAUGAAAUUGCAGACAAUCUCGAUGCAGUCCGAAUCGAACAGGACGAAAACACAGACGAAAGUACAGACAACACGAACCCCGAAUCUUCCACCGCCGGCCCUACAACAGGAAACGCCAUUCCCGCCUCCUCAGAAACCAAUAACUCCUCUACAGACGACGAUGAUGACGAAUAUGCCUCCCGUGCCGACAUCGAGGCCCGUCUGGCUGGCUACCGGAAAGCCACAGAUGCACCGGACAUCCACAACGAUGAUAACGAAGCCCAUAAGGACACCACUAUCCCCGACAAUGCAGCUGCACCUCCAGGGGAACCAGCGGGCAAGAAACUCGGCGCUGCGGCAAAGAAGCGCGCCAAGAAAGCUGCUGCUGCUGCCGCCGAGGGUAACAGUGACCCUUCUUCGAGUCACAAGUGCGCGACGUGCAACGCUGGGUUUUCCUCCAAAACGCAGUUGUUUCAGCAUAUCAAGGACUUCAAGCAUGCGGCUCCUAUUACUGUGACGAAGUCUGGUGGCGGUGGUGGUGGAGGCAAGAAGGGGAAGAAGAGAUAA